AUGGGGCACAUGGGAGGCCUCUGGGUGCUGGGUUUGCUCUUCUUGAUUGGUUCGAUCCUAGGAGCACCCUCGGCUUCCCCAUGUCUAGGAGCCUGCAGUACCAGUGUCCCAGAAGGCCUCAUCUCUGCGGGAAGCCAGGCAGCCGUGGACCAGGAUAUCCCUGCGAUUAACCAAGGGCUUAUCCCAGAGGAAACCCCAGAUGCUAGCUUCUUGAUGGAGGGGGAUAUCAUCCGGCCGAACUCCUUCCAACUGUUAUCGGUGACCAACAACAAGUGGCCCAAGAGUGCUGGUGGCAUCGUGGAGGUCCCCUUCCUGCUCUCCAGCAAGUAUGAUGAGCCCAGCCGCCAGGCCAUCCUUCAGGCCUUUGCAGAGUUUGAACAUUCCACGUGCAUCCGAUUUGUUGCCUACCAGGGCCAAAAAGACUUCAUUUCCAUCAUCCCUAUGUCGGGGUGCUUCUCUGGUAUAGGGCGCAGUGGAGGGAUGCAGGUGGUGUCCCUGGCACCAGCCUGUCUCCAGAAGGGCCAUGGCAUUGUACUUCAUGAGCUCAUGCAUGUGCUGGGCUUCUGGCAUGAGCAUACACGGGCUGACCGAGACCGCUACAUCCGGGUCAACUGGAAUGAGAUCCUCCCGGGCUUUGAAGUCAAUUUCAUGAAGUCUCAGAGCAGCAACAUGCUGGCCCCUUACGACUACUCAUCAGUGAUGCACUAUGGGAGGUUGGCCUUCAGCUGGCGCAGGCAGCCCACCAUCAUACCGCUCUGGGCCCCCAGUGCCCAUAUUGGCCAGAGAUGGAACCUGAGUGCCUCGGAUAUCAGCAGGGUCCGCAAGCUCUAUGACUGCAGCCCAAGAGGUCCUGACUCCUUUGGGAACGGGCUCCAUGUACCCAGUGUUGGUAGGAACCCCAAUUCAGCCUCCAGACCAUAUCUACAAAGACUUCUGGAGGCACUACAGGUGGAAUCUGGGAACCCUGACCUUGGUGGCUUCGGGGCUGGAGGCCAGCAUGUUGCUGAAGGGUCUGUAGAGAGCUCACGUUUCAACUUCCUCAUCCAGCUGGGUUUGUCACGCCUAACUGGAGUGCUGUGUGGUCCAGCAGGAUGGCAGCGUCAGGCCAAGAUCAAGGAGGAAGCUGCAUUUGACAAGGCUAGGUUGAGAACCAUCUCGUUACGCAGGCGGCAGCAGGUGGCGCCCGCUACCCAGAAACGCGCCCCUUCUCAGGCUUCACAGCCGCGGCGGGCUGCAGGCAGGCUCGGCUCGGCGCGGCGCGGGAGCCUGCGCGCGGAGCGUCAGCUCUGCGCCUCCGCCACGACCCGCCACGCACCUCCAUCAACCCGGCCCGGGGCCCUGAACCCCACCGUGUGUCCGGGAGCCUCGUGGCACGACGGCGCUACUUUCCUCGGGUCGCGAGUGGGACUGGGACCGCAGCGGGACAACUUGGAAAACUUCUCUUGGACGGCCUGCGGGGACUGUGGGAUGGGGAUGUAG